AAGAAAGGAAGAUAUGGGUAUGUGAAAAAUUUCUUGGCACGGUCUGGCGAGAGGGACCACCAACGACCUUCUCAUAUUUAGGCAAACACUCAUGACAAGGAUGACUUGCUAUCACUCCCGUUUUGUGGUCAGUUGGAACCGCAGAUUCUUCCACUGAUGGGGCAGGAACCGGCUGAUGGAAUGGGCAGGAAAUGCCAAAAAAUAUGAACAAAGAGGAAGGUCUCCCAGAAGAUGUCCUGAAGAUGAUUGCACAAGCAGACAUCCGAAGUAUCAGUGAUCUAGAAACUCUCUUGGGUGUCGAGGCCAAAGACUCUGCUCGUUUCACAUCUAGAUCCAGAACAGGUGUGUCACAUUGGCUGGAUUCAUACAAAACUUCUCACGAAUACCUUCGACAAAUGGCCCGCAAUGAUGAACACUCGCCCCCGUUGCAUCACCCAGUAGCACCACAAGAGUCUUCACCACAGAACCAACAGCCAUCAUUUAAAGCAGUACACUUCAGGACAAAAGCAGCUGGAUGCAAAACAAGAGCAGUUACGGUUGACGUUCCUCGGUACAAAGUGGACCCCACUUCAGUGGGAUUCUUUCUGUGGCCAUCGUGUGUUGAAAUACAGCGCUGCUCUGGUUGUUGUAACACCAAAACGUAUAAAUGCAUUCCAUCUCAUGCAAGUUACAGGCCCUUUCAGAUAGCAAAGAUAACUUAUCGAUAUGGUCGGAAAGAGCUCACUGUUCACACUGUAAGCAUCAGAGAGCAUCUAAGCUGUAACUGCACAGAGCUAGCAAAGUUACAUCAUCCAAGGUUUCCCUCAAAAUAUUACAAACACUCAACUGACAACUGAGAGGCAACCUCACAGCUGGCACACAAGACUACAAAGCACGUAAAUGAAAAAAACUAAUAUAUUGCAUGCAUUAAAGAGGCAGUAUUCUCUCUCACUCUUUCUGGACUAUGCAAGCAUCCUUCCCUUAAGCCGGCCCAAUGAAGACCAGUUGGGGCUGGGACUGGUGGGAUAUUUUGCGCUAUGGAUUCUUGAUCACUGGGGACCCUGCCGGGUCCACUUGUGAUGUGCAAUAACAGAGAGGAGCUUCCUUGUCUUUUCUACACUUCUCAAUUCAGUGACAUGCAACAGUUCCACAGCAUGGAGAGGAGUGAUCCUCAGACUAGGAACUGUGGAUAAGAGAGACAAUUUGUUUAAUUUCUAAACUUUCAUUUAGCUGGUAAGGGGCUUAUGGUUCACAAUGAAGAUUUAUAACAAAAAACU